AUGACUGGACAUCCUCUUUGGCCCUUUUACUCCCUCCUUCUGAGACAUCUGUAUGGAUUGUUUCAUUACAACGCCACGAUGCUUGGACUUGAAUCGCUUCCAGAUCCCACAGAUACUUGGGAAAUUAUAGAGACCAUAGGUAAAGGCACCUAUGGCAAGGUCUACAAGGUGACUAAUAAGAAAGAUGGGAGCCUGGCUGCAGUAAAAAUUCUAGAUCCAAUCAGUGAUAUGGAUGAAGAGAUUGAGGCAGAAUACAACAUUUUGCAGUUUCUCCCGAAUCAUCCCAAUGUUGUAAAGUUUUACGGGAUGUUUUACAAAGCGGAUCACUGUGUGGGAGGACAGCUGUGGCUGGUCCUGGAGCUGUGUAAUGGGGGCUCUGUCACUGAGCUCGUCAAAAGUCUACUUAGGUGCAACCAGCGGUUGGACGAAGCAGUGAUCUCAUACAUCUUAUACGGGGCCCUCUUGGGCCUUCAGCAUUUGCACAAUAACCGAAUCAUCCACCGUGAUGUCAAGGGGAAUAACAUUCUUCUGACAACAGAAGGAGGAGUUAAGCUCGUUGACUUUGGUGUCUCAGCUCAACUCACCAGUACACGUCUACGGAGAAACACAUCUGUUGGCACCCCAUUCUGGAUGGCCCCUGAGGUCAUCGCUUGUGAGCAGCAGUAUGACUCUUCCUAUGACGCCCGCUGUGACGUGUGGUCCUUGGGGAUCACAGCUAUCGAACUGGGGGACGGAGAUCCUCCCCUCUUUGACAUGCAUCCCGUGAAAACGCUCUUUAAGAUUCCAAGAAAUCCUCCACCUACUUUACUUCAUCCAGAAAAAUGGUGUGAAGAAUUCAACCACUUCAUUUCACAGUGUCUCAUUAAGGAUUUUGAAAAGCGACCUUCGGUCACACAUCUCCUCGACCACCCAUUUAUUAAAGGAGUCCAUGGGAAGCUUUUGUUUCUGCAGAAGCAGCUGGCCAAGGUCCUCCAAGACCAGAAGCAUCUAAAUCCUGUUGUUAAAACCAGGCAUGAAAGGAUGCACACCAAAAGACCCUAUCAUGUGGAAGAUGCUGAAAAAUACUGCCUUGAGGAUGACUUGGUCAAUAUGGAAGUCCUGGAUGAGGAUACAAUUAUUCAUCAGCUGCAGAAACGUUAUGUGGACUUACUUAUUUACACAUAUGUUGGAGAUAUCUUAAUUGCCUUAAACCCCUUCCAGAAUCUAAGCAUAUACUCUCCACAGUUUUCCAGACUGUAUCAUGGAGUGAAACGUGCCUCAAAUCCCCCUCACAUAUUUGCAUCAGCAGAUGCUGCUUACCAAUGCAUGGUUACUUUCAGCAAAGACCAGUGCAUUGUCAUCAGCGGAGAAAGUGGCUCUGGGAAGACGGAAAGUGCCCACCUGAUCGUUCAGCAUUUGACCUUCUUGGGAAAGGCAGAUAAUCAGACCUUGAGAGAAAAAAUUCUGCAAGUCAACUCUCUGGUGGAAGCCUUUGGAAAUGCAUGCACUGCCAUCAAUGACAAUUCCAGCCGUUUUGGAAAAUAUCUGGAAAUGAUGUUUACACCAACUGGAGCUGUGAUGGGAGCAAGAAUCUCUGAAUAUCUCCUUGAAAAAUCCAGAGUUAUAAAACAGGCGGUAGGAGAGAAAAAUUUUCACAUAUUUUACUAUAUUUAUGCUGGUCUUUAUCACCAAAAGAAACUUUCUGAGUUCCGACUUCCUGAGGAAAAGCCUCCUAGGUACAUAGCUGAUGAAACUGGAAGGGUGAUGCAUGACAUAACUUCCAAGGAGUCUUACAGAAGACAGUUUGAAGCAAUUCAGCAUUGCUUCAGGAUUAUAGGAUUCACUGACAAGGAGGUGCACUCAGUGUACAGGAUAUUAGCUGGGAUUUUGAAUAUUGGAAACAUUGAGUUUGCAGCUAUUUCCUCUCAGCAUCAAACAGAUAAAAGUGAGGUGCCCAAUGCAGAAGCCUUGGAAAAUGCUGCCUCUGUUCUCUGCAUCAGCCCUGAAGAGCUCCAGGAGGCUCUCACCUCACACUGCGUGGUCACCCGGGGCGAGACCAUCAUCCGCGCCAACACUGUGGACAGGGCCUCAGAUGUCAGAGAUGCCAUGUCCAAAGCCCUGUAUGGGAGGCUUUUCAGCUGGAUCGUAAAUCGCAUCAAUACACUUCUGCAGCCAGACAAAAACAUAUGUACUGCAGACGAUGGUAUGAAUGUUGGGAUCUUGGACAUUUUUGGAUUCGAAAACUUUCAAAGAAAUUCAUUUGAGCAGCUCUGCAUAAACAUCGCCAAUGAGCAAAUUCAAUACUAUUUCAAUCAGCAUGUUUUUGCUCUCGAGCAGAUGGAGUAUCAGAACGAGGGCAUUGACGCUACACCCGUGGAGUAUGAGGACAAUCGCCCCCUCUUGGAUAUGUUCCUCCAGAAACCCCUGGGACUGCUUGCACUUUUGGAUGAGGAAAGUCGGUUUCCUCAGGCAACAGACCAGACCCUAGUUGAUAAAUUUGAAGAUAAUCUUCGAUGCAAAUACUUCUGGAGGCCCAAGGGAAUGGAGCUGUGCUUUGGCAUUCAGCACUAUGCUGGAAAGGUAUUAUAUGAUGCUUCUGGGGUUCUUGAGAAAAACAGAGACACUCUUCCUGCUGAUGUGGUGGUCAUACUGAGAGCAUCAGAAAACCAGCUUCUCCAGCAACUCUUCUCAAUCCCUUUGACUAAAACAGGUAACUUGGCCCAGACAAGAGCCAGGAUAACAGCAGCCUCAAGAUCUUUGCCUCCGCAUUUCAGUUCUGGGAGACUCAAGGUGGACACUCUGGAGGUGAUACGGCAUCCGGAAGAAACCACCAACAUGAAGGGGCAAACCAUGGCUUCUUACUUCCGGUAUUCUCUGAUGGAUCUGCUCUCUAAAAUGGUGGUGGGACAGCCGCACUUUGUACGCUGCAUCAAGCCCAAUGAUGACCGAGAGGCCCUGAAGUUCUCCACAGACAAAGUGCGGGCCCAGCUCCGCUCCACGGGCAUCCUAGAGACAGUCAGCAUCCGCCAGCAGGGGUAUUCUCACCGCAUCCUCUUCGAGGAGUUUGUGAAAAGGUAUUAUUACUUGGCAUUCAGAGCACAUCAAACACCUCUUGCUAGCAAAGAGAGUUGCAUCGCUAUCUUGGAAAAGUCCAGAUUAGAUCACUGGCUGCUGGGAAAAACAAAGGUUUUUCUCAAGUAUUAUCAUGUCGAGCAGUUAAAUUUGCUGCUGAGGGAAGUCAUAGGCAGAGUGGUUGUGCUGCAGGCCUAUGCCAAGGGCUGGCUGGGAGCCAGGAGAUACAGAAGAGUCAGAGAGAAGAGAGAGAAGGGGGCUGUUGCCAUCCAGUCAGCCUGGAGAGGAUAUGAUGCUCGGAGGAAAUUUAAGAAAAUAAGCAACAGAAGGAGUGAGUCUGCUGUUCAUAUUCACGCAGUUCUGAGGGGCUCUGGCGAUCAUAAAAGCAGCCCACAAGCAGAAUACAGCAAUGGCCAUGCAGACACUUCAAGUACCUCUCCUGUCACUGAGAAAAAUUGGCAUUCACAAGCCCAGAGUUCUUCCAAAGGGUGUGAUGUCUUCGCAGGACACUCAAAUAAGAUAUGCCAUGCUGCUCCAGAUUGCCCAGGACUGAGUCCCUCGAGGGGAGCCCCUGCAAAAUCUGAUUCAGAAAACGGUCUUGCACAGAAGCAGCGAACACCUCGCCGAAGAUGUCAGGAGCCCAAAAUGUUGAGUAGCCCUGAGGACACCAUGUACUAUAACCAGUUAAAUGGAACUCUAGAAUAUCAAGGGAGCAAGAGGAAGCCAAGAAAACUUGGCCAAAUCAAAGUGCUUGAUGGGGAAGAUGAAUAUUACAAAUCUCUGUCACCUGUGGACUCUAUCCCUGAGGAAGACAACUCAGUCCACCCUUUCUUUUUUUCUUCAUCUUCAAAAGGGGCAUCUUUUGCUCAACCCUGAACUAUACCUUCUGCCUCCCAAGUCUGUUGAGGGUAAGAACAAUCAUGGUAAUUCACUGACUGUCAUUUAAUAAGAAAGGUACAAUGGGAUCAACUUCUUUGGACAUGUGGUCUGUGCUGGAGACUUACUGAACAAUUUUCAGAUUCCAAACAAUUUUCUCCAACCUCUAUCACCUACUCCCCUCUCCCGCAACAUCUGCUCUGUAGCCUGAGCUGGGCAACCCCUCCUUUUCUUAACUCUUGAGUCCCUGUGGGACAUGAGCAUACCUCCACUACAGCAAUGCCCAUAAUUCAUGCCCCAAUAUCUAUGAGAGUAACAAUCUCACCUGAGGACACUGAUGAUAUUUCUUUA